AUGAUGCAGCCAGCCGGCCGCAAGAUACGUCCCCCACCACCUCCUCUAGAUGCAGACUAUAAACCUUCAGUCCGGAUCGCCGAGCUUCCUAUCAUUGCCUCAGUCGAUGAAAUGAUAGAAAUUCUCGAUCGAGAUGGCGCGUUUAUCCUCAACAACCUUCUCUCACCCGAACAACUUGCACAAGUCGAGAAAGACACUUUGGACUGGACAGGCGACAAAGCAAUCAACCAGAACGGCUUAGCCAUCGUUCCCAAAGAAACCCUUCUUGUCGGUGGACUUGUCGGAAAAUCUCCUACGAUGGCUAGUCUUUGUGAGCAUCCACACCUCGUGGAGUUGCGACGACGAAUCCUCACCGAGGAGGGGAGUAGGCAGCAAGAGGAAAUCGACUAUCCUUAUCACAUCGACCCCUUGCUUAGUUUGAGUCUCAGUUUCUGUGUGAGAUCUGGCGCUCCAAGACAGAGACUGCAUCGAGAUGAUAUCAUCCACGUGAUAGAUCACUCUCUGCCGUACAAGCUGGAGAAGGUAAGUCAGUUUGCGUGCUUGAUAGCUGGUGUGAAAACGACCAUGGAGAAUAGAGCGACGAUGUUUGUUCCCGGGAGCCAUCGUUGGGAUGAAAAGAGGUUGCCGAGGACCGAUGAAGUGACUUUUGCUGGUAUGCCCCAUUUCUCACCUUCCUCCGAGACUGCAUCCUCAUUAGCGAACCAUAGAAAUGGAGCCUGGCUCGGCGCUUAUAUUCCUAGCGGGUGCCUAUCAUGGAGCAGGACAUAAUAGCGUCAAAGACUUCACGCGGGUGGUUCAUGGAUUGUUCUUUUGCAGAGGCAUCUAUCGAACUGAGGAGAACCAGUUUUUAGCAAUCCCGAGGAGCAAGGUUUUGGGUAUGAGUCCGAUGAUGUAGAACUUGCUUGGGUAUAAAUUACCCGAUGUGCCAUUGGGAAUGGUCGAGAAUUCUGAUGUAAUGACCGACUUGAAAGGCGUCUUGGAAAGGGCGAGUGUCUAG